AGAUUACCCCUAGAGUUCCGUUUACUCAUCUACGCGGAUUUACUAGGUACCAACAUCUUUCACAUUUGGAUAGAAGGUCAGGCUGGUCCUCCUUCAACCCAUCGUCUCCGCAGCAAUUACUGCGCGGAAAGCAACAGACCAGAUUCUAGCUUACAAUGUUACCAAUCUUGAAAGACGUCUGAAGGGAGCUUUCUUCUGUUACUUCUCAGGUGCAGAAGAAUUUACAUCGAGUCCGUGAAGGUGCUUUACACGGCUAAUACUUUCAAGCCCACCGAAGCGCAUUCACUAUUAUGGAUGUCAGACUGGAUCCUACCCUAGCGCUUCUAAGCUAUUCGUCCUUGCAGUUCCACUACAACGUAUGGAGCCAUACCUAUUGGCGAAGCCUAGUAUCCGUUCUGCCCACGGAAGCUCAGAACAAUCCUUUGCUCCACGUAACAUACCGGCUAGAAAUCUCAGAGGACUGGAAUCAUGUCUGGACGAUUAUAGCAUCUAUUAGCGGUCUUCGAAAGCUUCAAGUUGAACUUAUGGCUGCAUCCGAAUGGAAAGCCAUGUGGCCGGCGCAGGAAGCAGUAAUGCUUGAGGCUGUUAAGGCGGUAACAGCUCCUUUCAACUUCAAGCUCAUUCUUCCGUUUGUCAGGAGCCCUCAUCUACAUGAGAUGUAUUCGUCCCUGUGUCAAGUCGUUGUUCCGGAGGAAGAUGGAUGCGUGACUCUUGCUAGAAUCGCGAGCCCCGUCGCUACGUGCAGGGCCGGCGAGCUCGACGAUGAAAUCAUUUCUGUUGCUUGCCAGAAUCUUCAAGUGAUCUUUGGUCAUAGGGCGCUGCGGUCGAAAACAUAUCGUAGGAUGCGCCUCAUCUCAAUGUCAAAUCGUCACGCUCCGCUCUCAAAUUAAAUAGUAUACAAUGCGUGUACAAGAGGGAAGACAA